CCUUGUAUAACGAAGUGAGAUUCACUCAACUGAGAUAUUAGCAGAAGAAAUUUACACUUAACCUUAUUACAAGGUAAAUUUACUAUAGUGAAAUUGUUUUGCAGGGCGUUCGUGUUUUAUGUUUGUAACUAAAGCAACUUCUACCGCUGUACAAUUGUAGCUAUAGCCAAAUGUAGGUAGCUACAAGUCGGUUCAAAUUUCCCGCUGUAUUCACCGCCAGCAACACUGGCGUAGCUAAAUACAGGUAGCUAACUAGCCGGCUUGCGCCGGUGAAAGGCAUAGCGACGGUAACUUUAAUCAAUUCAGAGUCUCUAUAUAGCAUUAGAGUAUUACGUUUGUUUACUACGCCAAAAUGCAGACAACAGACGUCGGGAACAAGGAGAGUGGAAAAAUAUGGUAUCGAAACCCAGGAACGUCACCAAGUAACGGGGCCAUUGUCAACAUUAUUCGCAGCACGGGUGGUCAUCGAAGCAAAACGGUUCGCUUUCUGCACGUGGCCUUUGACACAACGGGAGAGGAAUUUCUGGCCGGCGACCACCAUGGAAAUAUCUACGUUUUUGACAUCAUCAGAAAUAGGUUUCGGCUCGUACAGAAAACGGCUCAGGCCUGCACGGCUCUUGCCUUCAACCUGCGGAGGACCUCAGAGUACCUGGUCGCUCUGGCAGACUACUCCAUCAAGUGCUUCGACAAAGACACCAAGCAGCUGGUGAGCUGGAUGCGUGGGCACGACUGCUCCGUGUCCUCGGUGUCGGUCCACAGCUCUGGCAGGUACGCCAUCACCACCUCGGCCGACACCGCCCAGCUGUGGGACCUGGACACCUUCCAGAGGAAGAGGAAGCUGAACGUGCGCCAGUCUGUGGGCAUACAGAAGGUGUUUUUUCUGCCUUUGAGUAACACCAUUCUCAGUUGCUUUAAUGACGACUCCAUCUUUGCCUGGGAGAGCGACACGUUGUGCUGUAAAUACCAGUUACCAGUGCCACAGGAGGGGCCCAGGCUAUACUACAGGGCUUUCGCUGUCACACGGGACGGACGCACUCUGGCCGCGGGGGGCCGGUCCAACCUCCUGCACCUCUGGAGCCUGGACAGCCGGCAGCUCCUGAGGGUCAUACAGAUGCCGCCCAAAGUGCGCACGGUGCGCCAGCUGGAGUUCCUGCCCGACAACUUCGACGGCGGGUCCAGCCAGACCCUGGGUGUGCUGAGCCAGGACGGCAUCAUGCGCUUCAUCAACAUCCAGACGUGCAAGCUCCUUUUCGACAUCGGCACCCUCGACGACGCCAUCACCUCCGUGGCCGUCAGUCCCAGCAGCCACCACGUCGUCGCGGUGAUGGACAGCGGGGGCCUCAGCGUCUUCAGCGUGCAAGCCCUGACCCAGGAAUUCAACAAGCCUCCCCCGUCCCUGGUGAAGGUCGUGACGGGCGUGAACGGGGAAGAGCCGGGUCCGAGGGUGAAGGUGCGCGCGGGAGCGGUCCAGAGGCCAGCCAAGACGUCCGGCCGCAGGGUCAAGGCCAAAGUCCUGAGGCCUCGGGACCUCCCCUCUCCAGAUGACAAAGAGAACGAAUUGCCCGACGGAUUAAACAAGAGGAGGCUUCAGGGUUUGCUGAAGACUUUUGGGGAAUACCCAGCCAAAUACAGGAUGUUUGUGUGGCGUUCCCUGUUGCGCCUGCCAGAGAACCACUCCGCCUUCAGCAGCCUGAUGGACAAGGGCGUACACUCCGCCUUCCUCACCCUGCACGAGCGCUAUCCAAUCAAGAGCCAGAAGCUGCACCGAGGCCUACAGAGGUUGUUGUCAGCUCUGACUUACUGGUCUGCCAUUUUCGGAGAGACAGACUACCUACCUCUGAUGGCAUUCCCAUUUGUCAAGCUCUUCCAGAACAAUCCGCUCAUCUGUUUUGAAGUGGUCGCCACCUUGUUAGUGAACUGGUGCCAGCACUGGUUUGAGUAUUUCCCCAACCCGCCCCUGAACGUGCUGAGCAUGGUGGAGAAUGCCCUGGCCCACCAUGACAAGGAGCUGCUGCAGCAUCUCAUGAACUGCGGCAUCACAUCACAGCUGUACGUCUGGCCGCUCCUGGAGACCCUGUUCUCGGAGGUCCUCACCCGGGAGGAGUGGCUGAAGCUCUUCGACAACGUCUUCUCCAAUCACCCGGCCUUCCUGCUGAUGGCGGUGGUGUCGUACGUCACCUGCUGCCGGGCGCCCCUCCUGCUCUGCACCCAGAGGGAGGACUUUGAGUACUUCUUCCACCACCGCAACCACCUGGACGUGGCCGCCGUGAUCAAGGAGACGUACCGGCUGAUGGACACCACCCCGGCGGAGCUCCACCCGCGCUCCAUGCUGAGCGACUUUGAGCCCCUGACCAAGGGCCAGUACCCCGUCUUCAACAAGUACCCCACCUUCAUCGUGGAGCACCAGUCGCGGGAGCGCGAGAGGAUCCGGCAGCAGGAAAUGGAGUACCUGAGAGAGAGGCAGAUGGUGCAGGAGAUGCAGGCGGAGACGGUGCGGAGGCAGGCGGCCGACCAGGCCUGGCACGCCCAGCAGGAGCUGCUGCAGCAGGCCGAGGAGCAGCGCCAGGGCAUCCUCCUGGAGGAGGAGAACAAGCUGGCCGAGCAGAGAGCCAGGUUGGCUGCUAUGAAGCGUGAGCUGAAGCUGAAGGAGCUGAACCUGAUCGACGCGGCCAGGAGGCGCUUCCUCAAGCACCAGCACGACCAGAAGAGGGUGGAGCUUCGCCGGCUAGACGAUGAGAUUCGGAGAAAGAUGACCCUCAGGGACCAGGAGACCGCGAUCACCAUGCAGGACCUGGAGCUGCGGCAGAUGGAGCUGGAAGCACAGAGAGGGCUGUUUGAGCAGCAACUGGCCAAAGAGCAGGACAGAGUGACGCAGGAGGUGAGGGCGGAGGUGGCGGCGCGCAGGCACGUGGCCGAGCUGGAGGAUUCGGCCUUUCAGCAGGCGCUGGACGCCGACUCCGCCCACAACGUGAAGUCCAAGAAGCUGCUGGAGGAGUCCCUGGCCGAGGCUGAGCAGCUGAGCUCGGACGCGGACUGGAAAGCGGGGGUCUUGAGGCGCCUGGACUGGGUGGGAGGCGAGCAGGAGAGGCACCAGCAGGAGCUCUCCCGCCUCAGCAAGCAGAUGCUCGACAAGGAGGAGCAGCUCAUACUCGCCAUGAAGGAGGUGGAGGGCAAGAAGUGGGAGGACGUGCUGGAGAAGAGGGCGCGGCUGGCAGAGCAGAGGGAGGCCAGCCAGGGCGACGGCCCGGCCUGGGAGGCCGAGGAGAGGGGGGAGCACCUGGACCGGCUGCGGAGGAGCCAGGAGGAGCCGCCACAAGGGAACUGGAAGCUGGAUCUAAGGUCUCCCUGCUCUGUCAGAGGACUUCUGCAGAAACCUACCCCAGCCCACUCGCAGUCCAAGAACAUCUGUCUGAACAGCACGUCCCCGCCUGUUUCCCCUUCCUCGUCCAUUUCCUCCAGUUCAGCACAGUUUUCCCUGGACCGUGGCAGAAGGGAGCUGGAAAGCAAGGAGCGUGAGCUGAUGCGGGACGUCCGGGAACUCCGACGGAGGCUCGCCGACCGCUCCAGAAACGCCAAUUCCGUCACGUGCUCGGCCAGCAUUCAGCCCUCGAUCACAUGUGGGAGCUUAGCCUCGGAGGACACCAUCACAAACACUCUGGCGUAGCUUACGGACCUCAACUCCAUAUUUCAGACUGGAGAACGAUGGACAUCAGUGGACAUCUAGUCAACAGGCACCCAAUAUGUACAGCCGUUGUUAUUCAAAAAUAGAUUUAAUUAAGUUGUAGCAUCAAUGUGUGACUGUUAGCUCAUUCUGGUUUCUUUUUUCUGUUGACGUUUUUAAUCAGUAACGGUCAUUACUGAAAUUCCUUACGUUUUGAGUGUUCACUAGUGGUUAUUGCUAGUGGUAGCCGCACAGAAAAAGGCUAUCAAUCAGCAUUCAGGGAGUUGGAAUAUUAAAUAUUAAAUGUGAUUGGUUUAAGGUGUCAAUGUAUUAGUGUUUUUCUGUGUCCAUUUUACACUGUACAGAGGAAUGCAUGAAUGCACUUUAAAUACAGCCAAUCUGUUCAUUUCUUA